CUGCCUGUCGGCCGAUGGCGCUGCUGCCGGAGGCCGCCGCCGGGUGAGCGUCGCCCGGCGCCAUCGGGCGAGGAGAGGCUAAGGCCAACACGUGUGAGCGUCCGUGACAGCGCUGAAGGGAGGGCUGGUGUCAGGCAGCAGAGGAGCCGCAACCAUGGUUACCGUUAGCGACCUGCGCGGCAAUCCUUUGGGGUUGAGGAUGACGUGUGACUACUCCAGUUCUGAGGUGGCCGAAGAUCUCUUUCCAGGGUUUACCGUCUUUACUACAAGCAGAGCAGGUGACGGGUGAGAUGGCUGCCCCCCUGCUCCUGGUGUUUUGCAGUUUGAUUUGCUGGGUGUCAAUUUACAUCUUCCUCCGUCAGCUGAACUGUCAGCGCUGCUGUGAGUGGAGCUGUCGCCUGGUAACUCUCGUACAUGGCGUCCUCAUUGUCUGUCUCUCUGGAUACGUUGGAUUUAUAGAUGGGCCUUGGCCAUUUACUCAUCCAGGAUCUCCAAACACACAGCUUCAGACCCAUGUGCUGUGCCUGUCACUGGGCUAUUUUAUAUUUGACAUGUGCUGGUGCAUCUAUUUCAAAACGGAAGGUCUGGUGAUGUUGUCUCACCACAGCCUCAGUAUCCUGGGCAUUGGCAUGGUGUUAGAUUUGGAGCAGUCAGCUACAGAGGUAAACGCAGUCAUCUUCGGCAGUGAAGUCACCAAUCCGUUCCUCCAGGCUCGCUGGUUCCUUCGACAAACUGGGCGUUACCACACUUUGCUGGGAGAUAUCGUGGACAUUCUGUUCAUUGUACUGUUUUGCAGCGUGCGGAUUGGGGUUGGUGCCAGGUUGUUGUACUGUGAGUUAUCUUCCCCCGUGCCCCUCCCGAUUGUGAAGCUGGGAGGCGUUGCCAUGUACAUGGUGUCCUGGGUGUUCAUGGUGAGCAUUGCCAGAUUUGCCUGGAGGAAGAGCAUUCACAAAUACAAGACGUGGAGGGAACGGAGCCAACUCAGUGUACACCCACAGAUCAACGGGCACACAAAGAAAGUUUGCUAGCUUAACAAAGUGGCGUGAAAUGAACUCCAUCCUCAACCUUGUUUCCUUUAUUUGUUUGUCAUUCUUGAAUGCCUUUGGCAGGUGGAUUAUUUUAAGUUAUUAUUUUAAUUAUUAUUAGUAAGAGAUGUAUUGCAGGUAGCUCCUGAUGGUCACAGUUUUCUGAUGUCAAGCACCACCAGUAUUCCCGGCGGUGUCUGACUAGCACAUUGUCUCUGCGUCAAUUAUGACAUCGCCCUAGUGUGGGCCCUGAUUAUUUUGGCUAUAGGCAUGUGAUGAUCUUAAACAAUCUAAUUGCAUGGUAACUGGUGUCCAAGACUUCUAUUCCCCCGCCACUUCAGUUUGUCACCUUAGUGUGCAACCCUUCAAUGAUGGUGACCUCAGCAGAGUGCUGUUAAUCACGUGCAGACCUAGAUAAUGAAUGUUGGCAGAGGAAUGUGGGAGGAGUCAUGGUCCUCAGAGAGAUCAGAAGCAGGGACCUGGUAUUUUUCUACCUGAUAGGUAGUUGAGGCCAUUUGCGCUGUUCUGUGUCACCCAUCUUUGAUCAGGCAGCUGAGCCACCAAGUAGCCAUUCUUGGGAUUUAUUUUUGACAUUGGAGGAUCUUUAUCCUCUUCAAACCUCCCAACAUAGGAGCAGAAUUAGGCAAUUCAGCGCAUCAAGUCUGCUCCGCCAUUUGAUGAUGGCAGGUCUACUUUUCUCUCUCAACUCCAUUCUCCUGCCUUCUCGCCGUAACCUUUGACGCCUUUACCAAUCAAGAACCUAUCAAACUCCAUUUUACUUGGCCUCCACAGCCAUCUGUGGAAAUGAAUUCCACAUCCUCAUCAUCUCCUUUCUAAAUGUAUGUAUUUUUAUUCUGAAGCUCUGCCCUCUGAUCCUAGACUCUCCCACUACUGGAAACAUCCUCUCCAUAUCCACUCUAUCUAGUCCUUUCAUUCUUAGGCCUUUCAACAACUGCCCUUCAGGAAAUGGAAACACUUGAAAGAUGUGGAUAUUUAACUAAUGUUCAGAUAAGUAACAGUUAUCCGGGGCACCAAGCACAACAAAAUAGGAUGCAAUAAUAAAUUGUCCAGACUGUGGAUAAAAUGGAGUUUAAGACUGUUGUAGUGGAACAUGAAGAGGUCGUCCCACACCACAAGCCCAUUGCGCUGGAUCAGUAUAGGCUGUAAAGCAAGGAGUUUGACUGUAAAGCAAGGGGACUGAAGGGAUCGAGAAAUAGUAUGAUUGAUUGGUAGUUACUUAGAUUUAAAGUAAAGGCCCAGGCCCAGAGUGAUUGGACCAAAUGGCCUUUUCUGGUUUGUGUACGAUUCCUGAUCAGUGCAGUUUUGUGCCAUUGUUAUCAGGAGUAAGCUGCCGGUUCACAACGCAAUACCAUUUCCCUGCUCAUUCAUCAUACUUAAUGUUUCUUCUCGAAGAUGUUCCUGCCCAUCCCCCUUGCAUUUUUAUAUUUCUUCAUCCUGAAACAUUAAUUAUGUUUCUCUCUGCAUUGAUGCUGCCUGCCCUGUUUAGUUUUUUUGUGCAGUUUCUGCUUCAUUGCAUCUCUUCCAUUCGUUUUUAAGUGAAAUCAUGUUCGGAGUUCUUUCGAGGGUUAGCAUAACUUGCAAAUUUUCAUGGGAAUUGGCUUGGUGUGAUUUUGGUAAAAGAACAUUAGAUGCAAGGAAUACUUUCACCAAGGAGAAAAUCAACACAUGCCAUUUCAAUAUUUGUAGGCUGGAGUUUAAGAUGAUUGCAAUAAUUUUAAAUUCCUAUGCCAUUUGUUACUGCAUCAUCCAAUUUUGCAUAAAUUGUUUCAAUUGUUUAUCCCUGCAGAUUCUAUUAUGUGGUCUGUUAGAUCUUCUGCUAAACCUCUCACCCAAAGAAUGCCACCCAUCUUUCGUAAUUUCAUAUUGA